CUUCGUGAAUGGUGUAAAGACAGUUGCCAAGAGCCACACAGUCAAAGUCGAAACAAUGAGCUCGUGAGCAGGGAGCUUUACAUAUCUGUUCAUUUUCUGUACACUUAUCAAGAGUGGGCGACUUAUGUGCAGUAAAUGUAAGGCGAGCUUUUGCGAUAUAACGACGUAGGUAAAAGGCAGAUCCAAGAGGAUGGGUCUUGAAGCAGUAUCAGGAAAAUGUUUGUCGGGUUCAUCAACCGGGAUCUGAAAUAGGGCUGGUAAAGCUGCGUGUGCCCCUGGAAGACAGUGUCUUCACAGAAGAGCAGGUUGGCUUUCUGGGUCUUAUCCAAACAUGCCCUAAUGGCUCCCUCCUCGGGGUGCACUAGAUGCUCAGGCUUUUGUGACUUUCACCUCAACGAAGACAACGUAAGGUUCAUGUUGCUGGCUCUCCUAAUGGUAGGCUACCUGCUUUGCGGCGCCGCAGUUUUCUCAGCAAUCGAACACCCCACUGAAGUGGAGAACCAGAUAAAGUGGAACAGGACACUACUCAACUUCUCCCAGAGGUUCAACAUCAGUCCGGCGGAAUUUCGUCGCUUCCUUCGGGAAUACGAACUGGCUAUGGCUGCAGGAGUCAGAACGGAUGCAAUGCGACCUCGCUGGGACUUCACCGGAGCUUUCUACUUUGUGGGCACGGUCGUGUCCACCAUCGGGUUUGGAAUGACUACACCUGCUACUGCUACUGGCAAGAUCUUUCUCAUCUUCUAUGGCAUGAUAGGCUGUGCAGGGACGAUUCUUUUCUUCAACCUUUUUUUGGAACGUAUUAUUACACUUCUGGCUGUGAUAAUGAAGGCUGUCAGACAGGGUAAGCUGCGGCUCAAUGGAGUAUAUCCUGAGAUCACUAUCCGGGCAGAAGAGGAGUCCCACUACCAAAAUCCUUGGAAGCCCUCCGUCUACAAUGUCAUGCUAAUCUUGGGGUUAGCUGCUGUUAUCAUUUCCUUUUGUGCCUCAUCCAUGUAUUCACCAGCAGAGGGCUGGGACUUUAUUGAUUCCUUGUAUUUUUGUUUUGUUACAUUUAGCACUAUUGGAUUUGGAGAUCUGGUGAGUGGUCAAAGAUAUACCUAUGAGAAUCAGGCACUGUAUGGAUUCGCAAACUUCACAUUUAUCCUACUUGGCGUCUGCUGCAUCUAUUCACUUUUUAAUGUCAUUUCUAUUAUUAUUAAGCAGUUUCUAAACUGGAUUUUGAAGCAUUGCUGUUUAUGCCAGAAAAAGGCCCAGAGGCCGCCCCGUCCUUUGGGAAGGAAGCAGAGAAUGGCUGUAGCCCCUGCAUCAACUGAUCGGUAUGGGCGUCCUAUGAGGAGUGAGGUGUCCAUGGACACAGAAGCUGUCUUUGAAAGUGAGACAGAUGCCAGACGUAUGUCUGUCGAAAUGAGUGCCAUUCGAGAUUUCCUAGCUUCAUCUGGCUCUAUGUGCUGCCAGGAAGAAAGUACAUCAGUCCCUAAAACAUCAGUCCAUGAAGCAGCUAAUGGGCAUCUCAAGGUUGCUUGGAGUGACCAUCACCAUAAUACACUCACAAGUAAUAUAGGUGCUGGUGGCCAUGGAUCUCUUCCUGUUAUGGAAGAACAUGACUGUCAAAAAGGUCUUUUGGGAGACAUUGGCUCUCUUGCUGUCAUGAACAAUAAAUUAGCAGAAACAUGCGACCAUCACAAUUACAGUCAUGGCCUAAGUGUUGGAUGCACUGGUUCAUCCACCACUAACACAAGGCUGCAGCAUGAUGCUAGUGACCAUCAUCAUCACCACCACCAUUAUCAUCAUCAUCACCAUCAUCAGAAUCACCAGCAUCAAAGCAAACUACCUAGUAGACAAGGAUCUCCCAUCAGUGAGACCAGGAGCCAUCACAGGUUCACAGUUUCCCCUGAUGUAUUGCAACGCCACACAGAAGCAGGCAGUGAGAUGGAAGAGCAAGGUGCUCGUUCUAGCGGUGUUGGCUCCUUGGCUAAUCUGGAGAGUGUGGCACAGACAAGUGGAGGAACCUCUCAGAAUGGCUUAUCAUCCAGUGGAAUUGAGUCAACAACAGCUCUGAACCAUAAAAUGGAAGAGGAAGAUUAUUCCAAAGACCGUGGGACUCCAGUAGGAGCCGAGACUUCACCUGCCUUAAACGAUACAGUUCAUCCAACACUCAACCACACCCAGGAACAUGGGACACAUAAAGACAAGAACCCUGAAAAGCUCCAUUUGAACCAAUCCAAUCACAAACCAGCAAACUCAAACCGUACGCCAUGCAAAGACUUACAGAAAGGAGGUCCAUCUAACAGCAUGGACCACCACAAAGAGUACGUCAAUAGUGCUACCACAAAAAAUAAUCGGUUUCAUGGCAGUGUCUACCUCCCCAAGGAUGAGAUCUUGAGUGGAGUUGGUUCUCUGACUAUCAUGAAUGAUCGAUUUGCGGAGACCAUCCACAUGAGGAUUUCUCAUUGUCAAAAAAAUACAGAACCUAAAGAGAAUGCUUAAGAAGAAAGGAGAAGUUGUUGUGAACCUUGACCUUGUUAUACUGGGAUUACAUUAGCUGGGCUUUGCUUGUGUCAUUGUUGUGGAGUAAAGAAGGACAGUUAGUAUAACUAAUAAUGGCUUAGAAAGCCCUGUUUAGGAAGAAAGAGAGGGUUCAAAACGUGAUGUUGUUGAAAUGUAUGCCUACUGCCACUUGCAGGGAGUGAAUAUAAAAAGGCUACUAGAAGUGAAAGGAAAAUAAAAGUUCUUAGUUUAUUAUUUCAUGUAGAUGCUUUAUCUUAUUGAAAUUUUAAAAAAGCUCUUAAUUACCAGAAAUAAAACAGUCCUUCAGAAAGUUAAGUGACCAUGCAUAGAAAGACUCCUUCUCUCUCAUGUAUAAGAGAAUAUUUGCUUAUUUAAUUAAAUGAAUUACGGGUGUUAGAUUAAGUAGAUUUAUAACGUUCCUUAGGUGGCCUUAAGUAUUUACCACUCGGGAAUCAGGAGAGGGGAACAAGUGGAACUCUACUGUGGUCUAUGUUGUGUUUCAAGUUGGCUCCUAACUUUGGGCUUGAUUCAGCAAGUCUACUGGCAGUGUUUGGCUGUGCACACUAACCUCCGAAACAAAGCUAUGAGCAUUUCCAACUACUUAGAUCAAAGGGAUAACCUACUUGCUUUUCAUCCAUUAAAGAUGAUGACUAUGGCAGAAACUCUGGGUUCAAAUCCCUUCUGAAAUCUUUCAAGUCAACAGCUGUUAUAACUGAUAUGUUGAGCACAACAUAUUAAUUUGAAGGUAUUGCAUAAUAUUACAAAUAUAGACAAAGAAAUAAUGAAAAUUAGCACGGCAAUAUUGGCAACACUAAAUUGGCCCUGAAUGCAUAUGUCUAGCAUUAGACAGGUGCCUCUGCUGGGGCUGGCUUCUGCCUUACAAAUAGCAAUUCCACAUUAGGCCUCACACCCUUAUGACCUUAAAUUGGAUAAACAGUUAUAGAGUGAAUGAAUGGGCAUGGAAACAUGUAACUGAACAGAAGAGAUACAGAAACAGAUUGUUAACUGUCCCAAAUAAAUGAUGAGAAUGUUUACUAUGAAAUGCAACAGAGAUGAUGUGGGACUUCAGGUUAGAUUUGACUAUGAAGGCUGAAGAGAUUCACCAACAGGCUUAGAAAUAGCUAAGCUUUAAGGUGUGAACUAACAUAAGAAUGCCUCAAUGUACAUUUUACAUUAAAAUCAAUCAACAUGUAUACAGUAUUAAAAAAAUGCACAAAAGCCAGUUGUAUUUCUGAUGUCAGCAAAAAACAGAAAACAAGAAUGCUUGUUAUAGGGCAUUUUAAAAAGAAUGUGUAUCAUUCACUUUUUGUGUGCUAAUGUAUUUGGUCAAAGCUCAGUUUUUUAAUGGACAAGAUUGCUUGAUAUUACUUCAGUUGUAUUUUUGGAUGCAUUUCCACUGCAUGCUACCUCAUUGUGACAUGUGCAGGUUAAAAAUUUGCAGUCUCUCAACAGCUCCAGACAUCUGAAAAAGUGUGAAACAUCUUUUGUUGUUUAGAUACUAAGUGUAGCAGACUGAAACCACCCAGUGACAUUAGGAAAUUUACUGAACAAUUGUGUCAAAAUAUAAUUGUGUUCAGACCGUUCAGGUUUGUCAUUUCACAGUUAUGCACCAUCUAAUAUAUUAAACCUAUAAAUGCAGCAGAUUAAUCUAAAAAUCUUUGCAUCUAUAGUUAAUACAGCAAGGCAAAACCAUCCAGUGACAUUCAUUGAUAAGUUAUGCGCUGAACAUGUCAGGCAAACAUGGAACCAUUACAGCACUCCACAGUCACAAACUAGCUGUUUUAUUUAAUCAUUUAAUUCAAAGUAGCCAGUGGCACUAUGGCCUACAUUGAAAAGUCAUGUGCUAAGUACAACAUGUAAAAACAUGAAAUCUGCAUCUUUUGUAACAUUCAAUAGCCAUGUGUUAUCUUUUUUAUUCAACCACUAUGUUUAGUAGACUUAAAGAGACUGGGCAUGCUAUGUCCCAUUGUAUCUGGAAAAGUGCAGCAUUUCACAGUAGUGUACCAUUUUCAUCAAACACUAGCAGACCCAAAGUGACCAGAGACAAUAUAAUAUUUAUUAAACAUUUAUAUUAGAUUUAUAUUCAGAGCAAAAAGUCACGUUAAAGGUAUGGUCCUUCUGCUUUUUUCAACAACUAUAUGUAAUACACCAAAAGAAGGUAGUAAUGCUAUGUCAUUCAUUGAACUCUCAUGUGCAACGUUUCACAGCCACACACCUGUUUAAUUCAACUACCAAUUUUAGCAGACUAAAACCAGCUUACAAAUGACACCAUAAAAGAGAUUGAAGGGCUACAUAGUUCAACUGGAUACAAACAACCAAAUGUACCCAGGAAUGAACACACACAGUAGAAAUAAUGUUUAAAGUUUAAACUCAAGUUUACUGUUAUGUGUAUAGAGUACAUGAAAAUUCUUAUUUCCAUGUCUGUCCAGUCAACCAUGGACCUUACUUUAAAACCUCUGGGUUCUGCCAUUUUCAAAAGUACUUUGUUCAAAAAAGGUAAUCUAAAAAUAUUACAGAUACUGGGUGAUUAAUGCAAUACAUUCACCUCUAAAAACAUUGCUUGAUCAUCCUAAUAAAAAGCUCUUCAAGUAUGAUUUGCACCUCACAGUUUUUCUGUUCUUUCUGAGUUUAUAUAGCACUCUUAUUAUAUCACUCAUCCCAUAGAUAUGUAGUUCAGGGUAAUUGGCAAAUGAUAACUAACUUGAUGUGAAUUAAUGUGCUGUGGCUUUCUAUCCAUAGCUGGUUUCCAAGGAUGAAAGUCACUUUACCCUACCUCAAUUCUAACAAUGCAAUAUAUUAACAAUGUAAUUCAUCAGUAAAAAUGUCUAUGCUAAAUGUAACAACAGUUAUGAAACUUAACAAGCAACACUGAGAUUUAAAUAAGUGCAGACACUGUGAGUAAAAGCCACACUGAAUUUAAAAGUAGGUUAAUGACACCAAGAUGGUUUCCUAGCAAACCUUUGCCUUUACAGUAUAGAAGUGUUUGAUCAUCUUCAAUGUUCCCUGAGUACACUGGAUCUUUCAUUUCUCCAAACUGCAUGGAAAAUGUAGCUCAGCACCACACUACCAGGCUGUGUGUUUAAAGGUGACCACCUAGAAGCAGCUCUUUAUAAGUUCCUCUGCAUAUUUAAACAAGACUCUUAAAAUAGUUGUUAACAUGCAGGAAAGAAAGAAAGAAAGAAAGAAAGAAAGAAAGAAAGAAAGAAAGAAAGAAAGAAAGAAAGAAAGAAAGAAAGAAAGAAAGAAAGAAAGAAAGAAAGAAAGAAAGAAAGAAAGAAAGAAAGAAAGAAAGACUGUAUGAUCCCAUUAAGGGCAAUCAU